GAAGUGGAUAUUUUGGCCCUCAGACAAGCUUAAAUAGCUAUUAACCAUCCUCCAUCCUAUAUGAGACCUUCUUGUUGACAUUACCAAGUCGCUUGUUGGAGAAGGAAACACCGAAACCUAUGGCUGCAUUUGUCAUGCAUAUAGAAGUGCUAUUACUGAUAAUCCUAUUAUGCGCAGCAGUUAUACAUUCGUAUUCUUAUUCUACUUCCAGCAAUCUUACUGAUCAGCGGGCUUUGCUUUCAUUUAAGGAUUCCAUUGUCUAUGAUCCUUAUAAUUCAUUACACAACUGGGAUCCCAAUUACAGCCUCUGUAAUUGGACAGGAAUCCAGUGCAGUUUAGACAGCCAAAGGGUGGUUGCUCUCAACAUCUCAGGUAUGGAUAUACAGGCUCCUGUUUCCCCUCUCCUUGCAAAUAUUUCUUUCCUUGAAGUGCUUGACAUAUCAAAUAAUCAUUUCCAUGGUUACAUUCCCCCACAGUUGGGAAGUCUUAUUGGGUUAAGGAAACUUGUGUUACAUGGAAAUGAAUUGGAAGGUCCGAUUCCCAAAUUUAUAACUGGCUGCUUCAACCUAACAGUCUUAUCUUUGUCACAUAACCACUUGAGUGGACACAUUCCAGCAGAGCUAGGCAUGCUCACAAAAAUUGAAAUACUGGACCUUGGGUUAAACAAUUUCACGGGAAGUAUACCUUUGAAGUUGGGGAACCUUCCAAAGUUGAUUAGUUUGGAUUUAGGGGAAAACAAUCUUUAUGGGCCAAUUCCUGCCUCACUCUCCAAUUGCACUUUCCUCAAACAACUGGUUUUAAAAGAGAACCAACUCAAUGGUCCUCUACCUUCAGAGUUUGGUGCCAAACUCAGUAAUUUGCAGGAAUUACAUCUAUGGGGUAAUAGCCUGGUAGGCGAUAUACCAGUUUCCCUCACCAACUGUUCCCAACUCAGACUCCUCUUUCUCAAUGAGAACAAAUUAAGCGGAACUGUGCCAAUAGAUCUUGGUAAGUUAUCCCUCCUUGAAAGUCUUUAUCUGCAUGAGAACCAACUUUUCAGCACACCCACCUUGCCCUUUCUGUCUGCUUUAACCAAUUGUACCCAUCUGCAGAAAAUUGAUGUAUCCAACAAUCCCCUGGGUGGGGUUUUGCCUAUCUCCAUAGCCCGACUUUCUAAAAAACUCACUUUACUAGAUUUAUCAAAUAUUAGCCUCGGAGGAAGCAUACCUUCACAAAUUGGAAACCUUACAAGUUUGACAUAUCUUGCUUUGGCUGACAAUCUGUUGACUGGCAGCAUUCCAUCAGAAAUAAAAAUGCUCCAUAGGUUGGAAAGAUUGCGCCUUCGUAACAACAAGUUGCAAGGGCCCAUACCAAGUGAGAUUUCUCAGUUAAGAAAUCUAGGAAGUUUAUCACUUCGCCAAAACAUGCUGUCUGGAACAAUACCGCAUUCUCUUGGUGACCUGGUCUACAUGAGAAGGCUGCUUCUUUCUGAAAAUCAGUUAUCAGGAAAUAUACCGUUUACUCUAGGUAAGUGUUGGCGCAUGGAACUGCUUGACCUUUCAUGGAACCGACUCAGUGGAAGCAUACCUAGAGAGCUUGGAGGCCUUUCAAAUCUUCAGUUCUAUUUCAACCUGUCACACAAUUCUCUUGAAGGCUCCCUUCCUCCAGAGCUUGGUAAAAUGGGCAUGGUGCAGACAAUGGAUAUCUCUUUUAAUCAGUUAACUGGUCACAUCCCAGAGGCACUUGGAAGUUGCACAGGACUGUCAAGACUGGAUCUUUGUCAUAAUUCAUUGCAAGGUCCAAUUCCAGAGUCAUUGAGUAAAAUGAAAAAUUUGGAGAAGCUAGAUUUCUCUUCAAAUAACUUAUCAGGUGCAAUACCAAAGUCCUUGGGAAAACUUCCCAUGCUUCAUACUGUGAAUUUCUCAUUCAACAACUUGAGAGGAGAAGUUCCUAUAGAUUGGGGUUCUUCAAAUUUAACUUUCAAGUCACUUAUGGGAAACCCUGGCCUCUGCGGAGUACAAUCAUAUUUGCAUCCAUGUUCAACUUCCUCUUCUCAGAAGCAGCAGAUUCAUUUGCUUCUCGUGGUUAUGAUAGUAUUUAUUACUGCUAUUGCAUCUUUCGUACUGUGCUGUUUAUUCAUGGAGUUCUCUAGAAGUAACUACUUGUAUAGCAGAAUAUCAAGUAUCCAAAGAGCUUUUAGCUUUCAGAAGGGGCAACAAAUGAUUCCAUAUGAAGCUCUUGUAAAAGCAACUGAUGGAUUCAGUGAUAGAAACAAAAUAGGAGCUGGUAGAUUCGGAUCAGUCUAUAGAGGCAUUUUGGAUGAUGGCACAACAGUUGCUGUCAAAGUCCUCAACUUGCUGAAUAAGGAAGCUUCCAAGGAUUUUAUCACAGAAUGCAGAGUGUUUGGAAGUGUUCGCCACCGAAAUCUUGUUAGAAUAAUAAAUUAUUGUUCAAUGCUUCACUUCAAAGCUUUGGUUCUCCAAUUGAUACACAAUGGAAGCUUGGAAAACCAUCUGUAUCCUAAUGGAGAUAAGGCUCAAAUGUGUAGAUUAAGAUUCAGUCAAAUACUGAACAUAUCCAUUGACAUAGCUCAGGGCAUGGCAUAUCUCCACCAUCAUUGUUUUGUCCAAGUGGUUCAUUGUGAUUUAAAGCCCAGCAAUGUUCUUUUAGACGGUGAUAUGACAGCACACAUAUGUGAUGUUGGCAUUGCACGCUUAAUCAAUGCGGAUUCAACAGAUUCUUUGACUUCCAUAUCCACUUUGAGAGGAUCAAUUGGCUAUAUUGCCCCAGAAUAUGGAUAUGGAAGUAGAGCUUCGACAAAAGGUGAUGUAUAUAGCUUUGGCAUUAUCUUACUGGAAAUGAUGACGAGAAAAAAGCCAACCAGCAGCAUAUUUGUGGGAGGACUCAACCUACAUAAGUGGGUAAGCAUGGCUUGCCCUCAUAGAAUGAUGGAAGUGGUGGACUUCAGCCUGAUGGAAGAUACAAUCAGUGAUGAAAAGACUGAUUCUAUAUCUCAAGUUUUGCUACUAGGUUUGGAAUGCACAAGAGAAUCACCAGAGCAACGACCAACUAUGACCGAGGUUGUAGGAGUCCUAGAAGGAAUUAGAAAUAAAUUUGUAAAAAGGGCCGGUGCUUCCGAAUUAUCAUCAAAUUCAUUAUCUUCAUUGGACAGCCUAAGUAUCUUAAGAACUGAUGCUGAAGCAUUUGAAAUCGAAAGUUCUGCUACAAUUUAGGAGGUGUCAAGCCUAAAACUAAGUAGGCAUUGACUUUAACAAUAAAAGAUAUGAGAACAUAGUGAAAGGUCUCAACGAACUGUCUCAUUUCUCCACAAGAGUUCUUAUUUGUGUCUGAUUUCAAUUGAAAUUUGAGUUCAAACUGGAGGGCAUGCAAGUUUAUAAUUUUCUUCUACUCAGUGUUUCAUUUUAAAAUGAAUAACAAAGCUAAAAGAUAAUAGGAGUGCAUCCUUGCAGGAAACAAAAUACAGUAAUGGAAAACAGGUGGAUGUUUCAUGCUCCCAUGGAGUCUAAACUAUUCAGCAACCUUGAGGGUACUUGUGUCAGGAAAUCCCCCAUCGGGAAAUUAAUACACAUGGGGCUUUGGGAGGGCACCAUAUAGUAUAUAUUUGUAAUGUCAGGCUUGUGAUCCAUAGGAUCAUAAGGAACAGAUAAUUUCCAGUUUGAACAAUCUAUAAGCAAAAUUUGUGUAAAUUGUUUCAUGAAACCGAAUGAGGAGUUGAUUUCAGUUC